AUGGGCCGCCGCCGUCUCUUCCUCCUCCUCUCGCUGGCGCUCAUCAUCAGCGCCGCGCAUGACACUACAGGCCACGCCCAAGCUGCGGCUGCCGUCACCCAGGUGCAGGGAGGCACGGGUGGCGUGGGGAGGAGCAACAGCAUGAUGAGGAGGACCACGGUGGGGUCGCGGCCGCCGAGCUGCGCGGGGAGGUGCUGGUGGUGCGGGGGCCGCCGCUGCGUGGCUGUGCAGGUGCCCAUCACGCCGCAGGACAAGAAGAUCCAUGUCCAUGGUGGGAGGCCAAGAAAAGGAGGAGGAGGGGCGUCGUCGACGUCUCAGCAGCGGCAGCGGCAGGUCUCGUCCGUCUCCUCCUACGACGACCACUCCAACUACAAGCCGCUGAGCUGGAGAUGCAAGUGCGGCGGCGCCGGCGUCGGCCUCAACCCCUGA